AAAUAUCAUUAACUAAAUAAUUGUCUCAUAAAAACAUUUUAACAAAUUUUUAAAAUUAUGUUUACCACUGAUGUCGUGAUAAUAUCAUCACAAAAAAAUUUAGUACCAAUUAAUUAAUUAUACGUUAAUUGAUAAAACAAUAUCAUUGCAAGUCAAUGACAGUAUUAUCGACAGUACAACCGAUUAUCGGUUGAUUAGUUGUCAAUUGAUUUGCGGUGACAGAGACAGAGGCGGUGAAUAGCGAUGAGCAAUGUAGACAAUCUGACAAUGAUAGCCGAGGUGUACGCCAACACUGGCCAGAACCGAAAGGCCGCCUUCUAUCGCCGAUUGGCCGCAUUGAAAGCCGUAUCGUUGCAUCUCGAAGAUCCCGAUUGGAUUAAAUGCUAUCAGCUGUUGUUGCCAUCGCUCGACGGCUACGGUCUGACAUUGGAUCCCAUUGAAUAUCAGCGCCGAAUCGAUACCAAUACUGUCGGCUGGCCGGGCAUUCAUUUGCAAUUAUUGCAAGAAUUGGUGACCACUGCCGCCAAAAUGGAUUGUCAUUCGCUGGCCGUAAGACACAUGAGCUUUCUGUUACAAUCUCUGUUUCAACACUUGACUGUCAAUCAACGGCAAGAGUUUGCAAAUAAACUUAUAUCGCUGUCCGCCCGCUUAGCUGAAGAAGAGUCAUCAUCAUCGUCGCCGACUGUCGAGUCGUCGGCGAUGAAACUGCAGAACGGAUUUGUCAUACCAUCAGUUAAUUUAACUAAAUUUCCAACAGUAGUCUCAUUCAAAGUGCAAAAUCUGUCGCCACAUCUGAGACCUGUUAAACUGAAAUCCAAAAUCAAACCGUUACCAUCAUCGACACCAUCCAGUCCUUUCAUAUUUACACCGCUUCAACUCAACCGAAGUACUGUGAAUACACCGCGAAGACUGUCCACAGUUAGUACACUAUUGGACUAUAAGUGGACAGAAGGCGAGAUAGCGACAGUAAUACUGGUAGUCAAUAAUUAUUUGCCGAUUGAACUGAAUAUAUCUCAAAUGGUACUCAUGACUAAUGGUCUGACUUUUGAAACACAUGCUGUAUCGCUGACGAUGGCACCCGAUUCACAAAAUGUAACAAUAAAACUGACAGGAAUUCCCCGAUCGAGUGGCAAACUUGAUAUCUUGGGCUACAGUAUGCAAACGUUGGGCGUCAACAGCGAGUGUCGACUUCGUGAGCUACCGAAGGCCAAGAAGUUGAAACUUCCUAAGAAUUACUCAGUAGAAGUCAUUCCAUUUCUUCCAUUGAUUGGCAUUUCAUGUUCGUUGCCGAAGACCACUCAAACAUUACCCACCAACUCAUUGGCCACCGAUAAGACUCAUAUCGCUUACAAUGCUAUGGUAACGAUGUUUGCCGGCGAAAAGCGCACCUUUCAGAUCACACUAUCAAAUAACAGUCCCAAUAGUGAACUCAUUGAACUAAUUAAUGUCAGUAUAAUAACAAAAUUGCCGAAAGAAACUGAACGAUCACUACUUGAAUGGGAUGACAACGAAAUAAUAAAAGACUUACCACUGGCCUGUGGCGCGUCCAUCACUUUCGAUCUCAAUUUGAACGCCAUCGGCGGCUUUGUAGUCGAGUCCAGCCAUAAUAAUAAUAGAAAUAAUACAAAAGCUACGACCAAUAGGUCGGCAACGAUUGGCUCCCACCAGAAUUCUCCCGCACAUACCGGUGUCACCGCCACCACCAAAAAGACUCAACUGUUAGGUUCAACCACUUUAGCGAAUUUUAUAUCUGAAUUACAAACGAAUAGUAAACCGAAACAAAUUGAUAAAAGAAUUAACGAUACCUUUGAUCCAUUUCCCUCAAAGAUAGUAGAAGUUCUUCUAAUGUUUGAGUAUAGUGGAGGACCGGGACUCGCUUCCGGCUAUUGUCGGCAAAGUUGUUUAGCCAUUAUUAUAGAGAUUCAACCGUCACUUUUAAUUACUCAUUGGGAUGUAUUACCCGCCGAUUUGCCAACCAAUUGUUUUUUAGUAUUGGAUGCUCUGAACGUCACAACUCAAGAGAUGGAACUACAUUAUACGGCCACUAAAGAAAUACUAAUAGAAGCCAAUGAAACCUGUCGUAUACCGGUGCCCAUUGAACGAUGUCCUCUAGUUGAUGAUGAAACCGAUAGUGAUGACAAACGGGAGGAUUCAUCUCAAACAUUAUUAGCUCGAUGUCGACAACAUCUCAUCAAUCAAUUAAACUUAAAUUGGAAACUCCCAUCAUCUGGUAUUAGAGGAACGGCAUCGGUGGCCAACGUUCCCUAUUCCGACCAAAUGCUUAACUCAAUACUUUUAUCGCCCAUCCAAUGGGAAGUUACUUUAAACGACCAAAACUUGCGUAAUGGUAAUGAGUUUAGCUUUAAAGCCGGUCAAUACAUAUCAGUCGCCAUAUCGUUGUAUAAUUGUUCGGCCGUUUCAUUGAAAUCAUUGAAUCUCUCAAUCAAUUACUAUCAGGACUACCAAAACAGUCACCGAAUCGGUAAAGAGCGAAACUAUAGGUUAGAAAUGAAGAAAGCGUUGACCGGUUUUGAUAGAGUUGUUAUACCAGAAAUUGAAUCAAUGAAGAACUAUUGUCACGAAUGUGGUCUAACAUUCUUCUACAGAGGAAUCUAUAAGUUAGGCAUUGAAUGCAACACUAAUACCAUAAGCGAUGACACCAUCAGACUUAAACCUAUGGCCAAUAGUGAUGGCAAACAUAAUAAAAGCAACAAAAGUCAUCAAAAAUCAACAACUUUGUGGAAGUGUUCGCCUUCUUUAGUGAUUAGUAUUGAAUAAUAAUAAUAAUAAUGAAGUGAUUAUAAUUAGCAU